UGAAUAUCUAUACUCUCCAGCCUUUUGUGCCCUCAACACUGCGCUCAUCUUGCAGAGUUCAUUUCUGUAGGUGUGUCACUAGACGAACGAGAAGCCGAGACGACGACAACAAUUUGUCUGCCAUCUUCGCAGCCACAAUAACUAGGAGGUCAAGAGAAUGGGACUUCUUAGCAUCAUCCGAAAGAUCAAGAAGAAAGAAAAAGAAAUGCGCAUUCUUAUGGUGGGACUUGAUAACUCAGGCAAGACAACCAUAGUUUUGAAAAUAAAUGGUGAAGACACCAGUGUUAUCAGUCCGACACUCGGCUUCAACAUCAAAACCAUUGCAUAUCAGAAAUAUACACUAAAUAUAUGGGAUGUUGGGGGCCAAAAAACUAUAAGGUCCUACUGGAGGAACUACUUUGAACAAACUGAUGGUUUGGUGUGGGUUGUGGAUAGUUCUGAUCUUAGAAGGCUAGAUGACUGCAGAUAUGAAUUGCAUAAUCUUUUGAAAGAAGAGAGGCUAUCAGGAGCAUCAUUACUGAUUUUUGCAAAUAAGCAAGACAUACAAGGUUCUCUUUGCCCUGAUGAAAUAGCUAAGGUGCUUAAUCUGGAUGCUAUGGAUAAAACCCGGCACUGGAGAAUUGUGGGAUGUAGUGCAUAUACCGGAGAAGGGCUCCUCGAGGGAUUUGAUUGGUUAGUACAGGACGUUGCCUCUCGGAUCUAUAUGCUUGAUUAAAAUGAAUCUAUCAUAUUAGGCAAUUUCUCAUCAUACAGUGUGAUUUUAGAGUAUUGUUUUCUCACAUCCAGUGGCUUGUUUGUUAUAAUUUGCUUAGUGCCUUUUUUCUUCUGCUCUUUAAUCUUGUGUACACCAUGCAUAAUUGAAACUGAGGCAACUGCAUUUUGCUCAUUUAUGAGAUUUACAGCAUAUCUAUAUAUUUCAUAGGUUUGCUCUUUUCUUC